AGGUGGUUGGUGAAGAAGAAGACGGCUGCGGAGGCAAGAUUUAUUAUUCUUUCGCCCUUGGCCUCAGUGGAGAUUCUCUAGCGUCAACUCCACCACCGGCUGUUCUCGCCUGUACGAUACAUAGAACGGUCACCUGGUUGUCGGGUGAUCUCAACAAGGCUUGCAUUCGUCCACGGUAACUACCACGGUGGCCAGCUUGGGGCGAGGCGCACAAACCUGCAAAUUGCAUCUGAACAGAGUGUUGACACCCUGCUGCAACUACAGAAGCUUCAAUGGUCGAACUCUACGUGCGACAGAUUGCAGACCGCGGCAGUAAUGUCGACACAGUGAUAUACGUCGAGGCAGAUUCGAAGGCACUACACGCACCUUCGAAGCCUUCUAGCUUUUCCUUUGCGUCCAUUCCACGUACAUACCCCGGGGAUGCGGCUCAAGAAGAUGCUGAUUUCUCGACAGAGUUUCGAUAAAUUCUGAGCAGACCCUCCUGCUUCCCCAGCCCUGACAUGUGCGCUACGCACUUAGCCUCACAGCUUCCCUCGCCGCUAAUGUCCUUUGGACUCCACAAUAUGCAUGCCGAUCGUACUCUGAUUCGCCCAUCUCAGUUUCUGACGUUUCGCCGCAGUACCCGCUCAGUUUUGCCGCGAGAUUGCCGUGCAGCUAUGCAGAGCUUGUUGCCGGCUCGACCAUUCAUGAAGCGUGCGCAUACCGGCGUGUUGGUGCAUGCGUGGCGUAAUUUGCAGCUGUCAUCUUGCUUGUUGUUGCCUUAUCGUGCACUUGUGAGACGUGGGUGUAUAUGAGCGCAAGCCGCGCAAAUUUGUCUACAAAAGGGGCGUUGGUUGCCUGAACCUCAC